GGCGAGAGAGAGAGAGAGAGAGAGAGAGAGAGGAGGGAAACAGGAAAAAGGAACUUCUACUCCCUGUGCCUGGACAGAGCAGUGAGAGAAAGGGAGAGUUCUAGUGCUUCAGUCGUAGAAGAGGGAUGUCUAUGUUUCUUUUUUGCUUCUCCCGGGGUCUCUGAAACUCUGUGGAUGUGGACGCGCUACUUGUUUAUGCCCCUCAGCCGGGCAAAUAUGCCUCACCUGCCUGUCUCGCUUACUGUCUGUCUGCUGGGCUGCUUACUUACAGGCAGCGCUCUGGACAUCUCAGACGUGACGCUGAUAAACCCAGAUCCCGUAGUGUCCUCAGCAGACGCGUCUCUUCUGUGUGUGAGCAACGACUGGAUGUCCCACGGUCUGUCCUCGCUCUCUCUGGGCCAUGAGUUUCCUCUGCCUCAGCAAAACCUACUCGCCACCGCAGAGAGUACAUACCGGUCUGCAGCCAGAGUGUCCUGGAAGAUGCGUAGCGGCAUAUUCGGGGCUUUCUUUUGCGAGAUUAAAAACUCAGACGGCGGCAAGGUGUACACGUACAAAAUGCUAAACGAAGCAUCGUUUCUUCCCGAGGCUCUGACGGUGACCGCCAGCAUCGGAGAUAACGUGACCAUCUCGUACACCAGGAAAAAAGUGGCAGAAGAAGACACGAUCAUCUAUAAGGAGGUGCUGCAAUCCUUCAAGAAUGCCGGGAACAAAGACUCGGCUUUCGCUCACUCCGUACCCAAAGGGGACAUCACGGAUUCAGUUCCCUACCUUAUCAGCGACGUGAAGAGUUCACACGCAGGACUUUACACCAUUCGCUACAUGUCAGAAGGCCCACCCACCUCCGCCAUCACUCACCUCAUCGUCCGGAGCUGUCAGGCAGGCAGGUGGGGUUCUGACUGCAGUAAGCUCUGCCCAGUCUGCACUAACGGAGGUGUGUGUGAUGAUAAAACAGGAGAGUGCAUCUGCCCCCCUGGCUUUAAGGGUCCCACCUGUGAGACAGUGUGUGGUGAAGGCCGCUUUGGGAAGACGUGUAAGGAGCGCUGUUUAGAUGGAAAGUGUCGCUCUCUGGUGUUCUGCCUCAGAGACCCGUACGGCUGCUCGUGUGCCUCGGGGUGGAGAGGUCUGAACUGCAGCGAGUCAUGUUCAUCAGGAUUCUACGGCGCCGGCUGCAAACUGAAGUGUGAGUGUGACACGGGCGGGACGUGUGACCGUUUCAGAGGGUGUGUGUGUCCUGGAAGACAUGGCGCUCGAUGUGAGAAAGAAGAUAAAGCUCCAGUCAUCGUCAGCAGUCUGAGAAAUACGGAGCUGAACUCUGGAGCAUCGUACACCCUGAACUGCUCUGUCUCCGGCCAGCCGGCGCCUUUACAUGGAGAAAUCAUCCUGCUCAGACCAGACAAGAACAUCGUAUACGCCGUGGACACGGAGACAGUGGAUAACCAGAGUACGUCCAUGUUCAGGGUGGACGGGAUUACGAAGGCUGAUGAUGGCCGCUGGGCGUGUCAGGUGAAGACCACCGGCGUUCAGGUGGAGAAAACCUUCAGUGUCAGAGUGAAAGUUCCUCCACAGCCUCAGAACCCCCCUUCUCUAAACAACAGUGGGCCGUACCAUCUGGUAGUGCAGGUCAAUAAGGAUCUGUACACCGGGGAUGGACCUGUCACUUCGGUCAAGCUGACCUACAAGCAGGCCAAUGCGUCCAAGUGGGAGACGGUGGAAGUGAUUGGUUCUCAGGUGAAACUGGAGAAUCUCUACCCCAUGACUCAGUACAUUGCACAUGUGCAGUUAAGUCGAGAAGGACCUGGAGGGACUGGACAUCCAGGACCUCGGGCGAUCUUCUAUACACAGAAGCUUGAUGUGACCCUCCCUACAGGGCUGAAACUGACCCCGCUGAAUCAGACCUCUCUGAUCCUGUCCUGGGAUUCUGCCCCAGUCACGGAUAUGGCUAAAGACGACUGGUGUUAUAACGUGGUGUGUGACGAGGCGGAGAGCGUGAACACCCCACAGCCCUUCAACCUGCCUCUAAACUCCACCGGCACUCAGCUCCACGGACUGAAACCCAGACACAAGUACAAGUGCAGGGUCAGUCUGAGCAGCAGGACAGCCGACCAGAUCUGUCCCACGGUCACCGCCUGGACCCUCAGCGAUGAACUUCCCCCUGCUCCGUCCGACGUCUCCGCCUCCAACAUCACCGACUCCUCAGCCAUCCUGAGCUGGUCCAUCACCGAGGGUCACUCCAUCUCCAAGGUGAUCAUUCGCUACCAGGAGGCUGAGGAGGCGGCGUACAGCCAGCUGGUGGAUCUGGGGGUGCAGCCGUCCCAGAAUUCCAUGCACUUCAUGCUGAGGGGUCUGAGGGCUGACACUGAGUAUCUGCUGAAGCUCUGGACUAUUAACAACAUGGGGGAGAGCACGAAGAAGGAGCAAGUCUCCGUGAGGACACAAGCGUUUCAUGAGAGCAUGCGCUGGUACAACAGAGUGGAUGGAAACAUGCUGUUUUAUGCCAUUCUGGGUUCUGCUGGAAUGACCUGCCUCACCAUCCUGCUGGCCUUCUGCAUCGUGCUGCAGCUCAAGAGAGCCAACUUUCAGAGACGCAUGAGAGAAGAACCCGUGGUCCAGUUCAGCUCGGGGUCUUUAAACACUCACAAGAAAGUGUCGAACUCGACGCAGGCCGUGUCUUACCCCAUGCUGGAGUGGAGCGACAUCAAGUUCCAGGAUGUGAUCGGAGAGGGGAACUUCGGCCAGGUGCUUAAAGCUCGCAUCAAGAAGGACGGCCUGAGGAUGGACGCCGCUAUCAAAAGGAUGAAAGAAUACGCGUCUAAAGAUGAUCACAGGGACUUUGCGGGUGAGCUGGAGGUGCUGUGUAAACUCGGUCAUCACCCUAACAUCAUUAACCUGCUGGGAGCCUGCGAGCACCGAGGAUAUUUGUACCUGGCUAUCGAGUACGCUCCUCAUGGUAACCUGUUAGAUUUCCUGAGGAAAAGUCGCGUGCUGGAAACGGACCCGGCCUUCGCUAUCGCCAACAGCACGGCCUCCACGCUGUCCUCGCAGCAGCUGCUACACUUCGCCGCCGACGUGGCCCGAGGCAUGGACUACCUGAGCCAGAAACAGUUCAUCCACAGAGAUUUAGCAGCCAGGAACAUCCUGGUGGGAGAAAACUACGUGGCAAAAAUCGCAGAUUUCGGGCUUUCGCGUGGUCAAGAAGUGUACGUGAAGAAGACCAUGGGCCGGUUACCUGUCCGAUGGAUGGCCAUAGAAUCUCUCAACUACAGCGUUUAUACAACCAACAGUGAUGUGUGGUCGUAUGGAGUGCUGCUCUGGGAGGUGGUGAGUUUAGGCGGGACGCCGUACUGUGGCAUGACCUGUGCUGAGCUUUAUGAGAAACUGCCUCAGGGUUAUCGCCUGGAGAAGCCACUCAACUGUGAUGACGAAGUCUAUGAGCUGAUGAGGCAGUGCUGGAGAGAGAAACCUUACGAGAGACCGUCGUUCGCUCAGAUCCUGGUGUCGCUCAGCCGCAUGCUGGAGGAGAGAAAGACGUACGUGAACACGACGCUGUAUGAGAAAUUCACCUACGCUGGAAUCGACUGCUCUGCCGAAGAAGCCGGCUGAUUUCGCCUUGUGCGCGGCCGCAUCGCUGUUCACUUCGGACAUGUAUCAUAAAUUUUUAUGCGAUCCUGCGGUCAGGAUUCACGGACUUUUUGCACAGAUUGUGUCUUCCUCUUUUGCUAUUGUGAUUACUUACCAAAGUAUCGCAUCAUACAGCUGUGUAUUCUCAUGCGUGUGUGUGUGUGUGUGUGUGUGUUGUCGUGAUCCUGAGCGAGCGAGUAAAUGUUUGAAAGAGCGAGUGUUCGAUGGAGCGAGUGUGCUGUUCUGCAGUCUGAAAACUGCCCCAACUGUAGAUGUGUGUUCACAAUCCUAAGCUGGACGUAGCAGCCAUUUUGAACCUGAUGGCUGCUGUAUAUUGGGCAUUGUGUAAACAUGGUGGAGAAUUUUUCAAUAGCUUUUUAAAGGACCAAUAAACUUCUUGUUGUGAAAUGCUGUCGCUUGGGGAAGAGGAUUAUGAAAUACAGCGACUUCAGUGAAUACAGAUUGGAAAAAUAUAACUUCUAUAUAUAUACA